GGUCUCCCUCAGUGCUGCUGUGGAGCUGUGAGGAGGAGGAGGAGGCGGUGGUCGUGUUAUCGAGCGGCCCGGCGGUGGAAGUUGCGCUGCAGGGGAGGGACUUUCUUCCUGCAGUCGGUGGGUCGGGGGUUAGCUGCGGCUCGUACAGAAAUGCCUCAGGCAGCAGCUUUUCAGACUCCAGCGAGCAGCAGCAGACGGACACAUCCGAGUGGAAGAUAAACCAUCCUCCUCCUCCUCUUCUGCUUUCUCACCAUCCCUCCUCACACUCCUCCCUAUCUUCCGGGGGGAGUGUGGACUCCAUCCCCGGGAUAGAGAGCCCGGACCGGCACCGGUGCCAUUGUAUGGAGAGAGGCGCCUGAAGAAGGGAGAGCGGUGGAGUUGGUCUAUCCCCCUCCUCCUCCUCUUCCUCCUCCUCCUCCUCCUUCUUCUUCCCUACUGCACCAAAAGAAAACUCCGGGCUGGCUGCAGCACCAUGUCCUCCGCUGAAAGUGGGGAUCUAUCAGGCUACCAUCUGAGCGUGGUGCGUCACCCGCACGGCUGGGAGGUAGGGAUCUACGUGGUGGGCUUCUUGGUGCUGCUGUGCGUUGCCGGGAUCAACAUCUGGAAGUUGUGGAAAUCUGGAACCUUCCCUGCUCCGUCCCCUUUCCCCAACUUUGACUAUCGAUACCUGCAAGAAAAAUAUGGAACGUCCUUCUCAGAAGUCAGACAAAAGCGAGUGGCUGCCAACAACCACCGGCGGACCUCCACCACCUCCAGCCGCAAACCCAGCCUGGCGUUUGGGGAGACCCCGGACGUCCUGAGGGACCUGGGCCAGCUGGAGCUGAUGAGCCGCGAGCUGGACCCCUCCGGCCUGGCCCAGCUGAACCGCUCCAUCUCCACCGACUCGCUCAGCUCCAUCUCCUCCAUCGCCAACAACUUCGGCCAUGACUUCACGGUGGGCCAGCUGGAGGUGACGCUGGAGUUUGAGCCAUCCAGGCCGCCGGGCCAGGGGGCGGGGCUUCUGCACGUCACCCUGCACCAGGGCAAAGACCUGCUGGAGAGGGAGGAGGGAGACUUCCCCGGCUGCUUCAUCAGAGUCUCCCUGGGACCAGACGAGAUCAACCUGGGAGUCACAAGGAUCCAGGCGAAUGCAUACACAGUGCUUUUUGACGAGCACUUCUCCAUCCCCAUGGACUCGUCCCUGCUGGAGGAGUACAGUCUGCGUUGUGCCGCCUUCGGUAUCGAUGCUGAGGAGAGAAACAUCAGUGCGGGGGUGGCAGAUCUCAAACUGUCCGACCUGGACCUGACCAUCAGACCGUUCAACGCCUGGCUCUACCUUCAGGAUGUCAACAAGGCCGUGGAUGCCGUCGGGGAGAUCCUGUUGUCUCUCAGUUAUCUGCCGACAGCAGAGCGCCUCACGGUGGUCGUGGCAAAGUGCAAAAACCUGCAGUGGACAAACAGCAAGAACACUGCAGGUUUGCCGGUUUUCUAUCCGUUUGUCAAAGUGUAUCUCCUGCAAGACGGCAAGAAGAUCAGUAAGAAGAAGACCUCCACCAAACGGGACGACACAAACCCAAUCUUCAACGAAGCCAUGAUCUUCUCUGUGCCCUCCCUCGUCCUGCAGGAGCUCUCCCUCAGGGUGACGGUGGCCGAGGCCACAGACGACGGCCGGGGCGAGAACCUGGGUCACGUGAUCAUCGGCCCCGAGGCCAGCGGGAUGGGCAUCACCCACUGGAAACAGAUGCUCGCCACGCUGAGGAAGCCCGUGUCUAUGUGGCACCCUCUGCGCAGGAUCUAGGCCUCACACACACACACACACACACACACACACACACACACACACACACACAC